AACAAAGAAAGAAAAAGCAACUUGUUGAUACAACAAAUUAAUUCUCAUCGAUCAGAAUUAAGGUUUUAUAACUUGUUUGUGUCAAAUUCCACUUGGGUUUUCAGUAUAUUUCACAAAGAUUCACAACCAUGGAGGAGCUAGAUAAUGUAAAUGCCACAGCUAAAGAAAUGAUGUACUUGGACUUGGGGCAAACAGAAAGGCCAUCUUUGGCUAGACAUUCACUGUCCAAAAGUUCUUCCAAUUAUGCUAUAGAGCACAUAAAGGUGGGAUCUUUCUAUGAAAUUGAUCACUCCAAGCUCACACCACAAACCCCAGAACAGCUCAACUCAAUCAGGGUCGUCAUGGUGAGUGAGAAAACUGAAUUUAACGUAGCAGUGAGGUAUCCAAGCACUUGCUCUCUUCGUACACAUUUUAGCAAUGGGAAUUGUGAGAAACCAGAGGGGAAGAAGCUUCCUUCACUGAAUGAGAAAUACAUAAUGGAUUCAGAACUUGCUGGAGAGGUGCUUUAUAGAAGACUAACAACUCAGGAAAUUGCAGAAAAGAGAAACUCAUGGAGCUUCUGGGUUGUGCCUUGUAUGGAGGCUGAGAAAGACUCAGACUCGGGCCCAGCCUCGAGGACUAGGCUCAGGGAUGCAGCUUCUAAAAAGGGUAUGUGCAGCUCUGAGGUCAAUCUCACUGGGAUGGUCCAGUGGGGUAAGCGUAAGAGGGUCAGGUUCAUAGGCAGGCAUGAAGAGCAAAAGGUUGAAACUUUAUCAAUGAAUGUGAAAGAUAAAGAAGCAGAAGAAGAAGGGAAAGGGAAAGGGAAAGAUGAAGAGGAAGGUGGUGAUGAAGAUGAUGAGGAUGAGGAUGAGGUAGAAGAAGUUGAUGGUGAAGCUGUGGAGCUAGAGUCAUCUAAGGCAAAGAAGAAUCUUAAGAGAAAGUGCCAUGGUUCUAGAAGAGCUCAAAUGCCCAAAAGAGCUAAGCGACAGAAGAAGCAAUCUCAAAUUCAGGUUCACAAUCAGAGUAAAAAGAAAAAGAUCAAAAAUUCCAUAGAAAGAUGGUCUGUGGACAGGUACAAGCUGGCUGAGGUGAACAUCUUGAAAAUUAUGAAGGACCAAAAAGCUUUCUUUGGGAAUCCAAUACUAAGGCCAGCACUGAGAACAGAGGCAAGGAAGCUCGUUGGUGAUACAGGUUUAUUAGACCAUUUGCUGAAGCAUAUGGCUGGAAAGGUGGCGCCCGGUGGGGAGGAGCGGUUCCGGCGGCGGCACAAUUCUGAAGGGGCCAUGGAGUAUUGGCUGGAGAGUGCUGAUCUGCUAAAUAUUAGGAAAGAUGCUGGGAUUCAAGACCCUUAUUGGAUUCCACCACCUGGGUGGAAGCCAGGAGAUGGCCCUUCUCAGGAUGCUAUUUCUACCAGAGAGCUUGGGGAGCUCAAGGAAGAGAUGGCCAAAAUGAAAAAGAAUAUUCAGGAGCUGGUGACCAAAAAGCAAGAGGAGAAUCUACCCAUUGCCACCACCCCAAAUUCUUCUGUGACAUGUCUGAACUGGGACCAUGAAGAAGGUUCACUGAUUCCAUUGAAGGAAAUGUAUACAGAUUGGAUGAAUAGGAAAGCUAAUGUUGAUAAAGAAGUCAAAGAAUUGAUGAAAAUUUCACAAUAUUUGAGUGGAAUGGAGGAGAAAAUGGGUAUGCUGAAAUCAGCUGCAGGGGAGGAAACAAUCAUGCCAGAAUCAGAAGCACCACCACUAUUAUUGAUAGGAUCUCCAACAACACCAUCACACACUGUAAGAGAGACAAAGGAUCAGUUGGAACAGAAGAACAAAUCAGGUGAAGAACAAGAGGACAAGGGAGGAGACAAGGCAGCAGUAACAACAGCAACAGAGGACAAGGCAGCAAAGAUAAAAAGGCUGAAGAGUGGGUUCAGGAUAUGCAAGCCACAGGGGUCCUUUCUGUGGCCAAAGCCAAACAUGAUCACAUCCCCUCAGUCUAUGGUCCACCCUGAAGACCACCUAGUGAUCUCAACUCCACCUUCAGCCUCUUCCACAACCUUAAAAUCUCAUCUCCUCCCUCCAUAUAAGCCUCAACUUGGCCCACGCCCAACUUCACCUGUCAAGCCAUUGGCUGAGAGGCGCCCUGUCAGCAAUGCCAUCCUUCAGUGUGUAAUCACUAAACCCUCUCCUUCUCCUCCUCUCCCACCUGAGACCCCCCAGACCCAUAGUAUCACUACAACCAAAAACUCCCUCAUUAACCUCAAUGAGCCCCCUCAGACACAACAGAGUGACACUGACACUGCGUUUUGUGGGACUAUCACCUCUCAAAGAAGGCACUUUAACCUGACCUCCAUUGCUCCAAUGCCACAGUUCGAAAUGGUUGAGAAUGAGGAAGAAACAGAAAGCAAGGAUAUGAAAAGAAACCCUGAUGACCAGAAGCAGCAAACUCCUCGAGGUAGCUCUUCUUCCACCUCCAACUCCUCGUGGUUGACAUCAGGAGAGGGGUGGUGGUUGGGUCUGGCUUCUCCCAAACCUUCUUUGGACAAGUCUAACUAGGGUUGAUUGUUUUGAUUUUUAUAUUGUUAUGUGGAGAGGUUUAUAGGGGUUAAGUAUACAAAGAGAUUCUUAGUAAAGUCAUAUUUACACGAUUGAACAAUACAUAUAUAACUUGUAAGAAGGGGUUUUAUAUAGACAACAUAUCUUUUGGAGGUUCUAGGAUUCUCUCUUUUGGAAGUAAAGGUUAAAAGUGAAAAACUUGAGAUCUAUGUAAGACAAGGUC